AUGACGAAGUUCAUAGCAAUGGUAAUUGCUAUGGGACUAGUCCAGCACCAUGACAUACAGGACUACUGGAGCAAGGAUGAGAUGCUGGAGACCCCUUUCUUUGGUAAAACAAUGCCAAAAAACAAAUUUCUAUUGAUAUUGUCACUGUUUCAUUUAAACAACAAUGACAAUCAGAUACCACAAGGACAAGAUGGAUACGAUCCGAUAUUCAAUGUCAGAAGAGUCUAUGAACAUUUCAGGACGAAGUUCAAUGAACUAUAUUCCCCUGGAGAAAACAUCGCCAUUGACGAAGGAAUGAUAGCUUGGAGAGGGCACCUAUCAUUCCGGGUCUACAUGCCCGACAAACCGGAUAAGUUUGGUGUGAAACUUUUCAUGCUUUGCGACUCGAGCAAUGGAUAUUGCUCACAGCUCGGCUCUAUCACGGAACAUCAGAAAAUCCAUCAGAGAAGGGGAAGAUCUAUGACUUGGUAA